CUCAUAUCGAUAGAUCGGCCCAUGAUAAUCGAUUUAUCGUUGCCGUCUCUGGACGGCAGACGCCACAGUUACGCGCGCACCGGGAGCCGUUGUUUUCUGUUGGACUCGGUUAAUUGCAUGUGUUCCGUAGCCUUACGUUGUCGAUCAAUUUCGGUACGCUCGAUUUUUAGUUUAAUUGUUCAAAUAAUAUACAACAUUCUUUUAUCGUCACUGAAAGCCGAUAUUCUAGGUACCGAUUAAAGUUAGUAUUUAGAUACUAUUUACUUAUUUACUUAUUUACUUAUUUACUUAAUAUUACUUUAGGUAUAACCGGCGAAGACUGGCUAUUGUAGUAAACUUGGAAGUAAAUUGGGAAAAAAAAAAGAAAAUUUUAGGUGCGUAUUGAAAAACUGUUUUGCUAUUGAUGUUGAUUAAAAAUGUUUACAGUAUUCCAUAACAAUACAAUUGAAAAACACAUCUAUCAUGGAAGUCAAUGAAAGCUUAAGAAAUUCUCUACUUGAUUCAAGGUAAUCAAAAUUAGUAGUUACUUAUAUAAAAAUAAAAAACAAAAACAAAUUGUUUAUCAAUGUAUACGUAGAUAUGCUAAUGCUCAAAUUUCUUCAAGUAUCAUCAAAAUAUCGGAAAUUUUUGUCCUGUGAUUAAUACCAAUUUUAAAAUAUUUUAUUAUUUCACAAUGUAUUUGUUAUUUAUUUAUUAAUUCAAUUCAUUCACUUAAAAAAGUUAGAAUUAAUUUGAAACAUUUUCUAAAAUAAUAUUUUUUUGUUUUAUUUCUUAUAUUUGUAGAUCUAUUAAAGAAGAAACCACAUCUGACAAAAUUACUGAUUCAAAUGUGUUUAUGCAAUUUAAGUGAGUAUUUCAUUACUUAGUGUAUUUUUUAAGUAUAAUUUUAGUUUUGUAAUGUUAGGACUGAUCUAAUAUUGAGUUUACGGAAUAAUAUUGACUUAACAAAUACCAUCGGUAUUAUUGUUAUUAUUCUUAUUGUUUGGUAUGAUAUGUCAUGCAAUCAUUACGUAUUAUAUUUAAUUAUAUAAAUCAUAACAAACAAAAUAAAAUCUGGGAAUUAACCAUCGGUAUGAGAGAAGUUGUACCACAUAAUAUCCAUAUUAUCCAUAUUCAGAAGCAAAUCUUUUACCAUACAAAUAUAAUAUAAUGUACAAUUUUGUUGAGUUACAUUAUUUAUAAAUUGAUUUGAAAAUCAAUUGUAAAGUUAGCCUAGAAUACAAUAAAUAAGGAAAAUCGGUACAACAUUAAACAAAUGUUAUUAAAGAAAAUAUAUGAAGUCCAAUUAAUUAUUUGACUGUAAAAUUACAUAUAUUUGUUGGCAAAACAUCAUUAUAAACUGAACUCUACUCAGAGUUUUCUUUUUUAUAAUAAUGAUUUAUCAUUGCUUACAAGUAUACAUUAAAUUAUCCAUAACAAGAAUUGUACCCAACUCCAUUAUCAUAGGAUGUCUUAUUAUAAUGUUAACAUUGAUCUAAUUUUGAAUUUAUGGGAUAAUAUUGACCUGUCAAUUACCAUUAAUAUAAACAGUAAUGUGUCACAUGAAUAACAUUAUCUAUCUUUUGGAAAACAACUAUAAAUUAUUAUUUAUUAAAUUCUUUCUCCUUGAAAUUAUUAUCAUUCUUCUUGUCGUUCAGCAAUAUUAUAAUUGGUACAAAUUUAUUCUAAAAUUGAACUAUGAGUGUUCAUAAAAAAAAAUUUUGUUUAAAAAUAUUAUUCUAAUUUAUUUGAUAAAUCAUUUAUUAAUCUUUAUAGUUAAAAUUUAUAAUUAAUUUGUUAAUUUGAAACUAUUCUAAAAUAUGUAUUCCUUAAUUUCCUGUAUUUUUAGAUCAAUAAAAGAAGAAAUUAUUGAUAACACAUACUGCAAUCUUAGUGAUGAAAAUAAAUCAAUGCAAAUAGAGUAAGUAUUAUGUAAUUCAAUGUUUUACAAUCUUUGUAUUUUUUCAAGUUUAAUUUUUAAUUUUAUAAUGUUGGUACUUAUUUAACAUGACCUAUCUUUUGGAAGAAACAUUUACCAUCCAUUAUUAUUAUUAUUUCUGUUUUUACUAUGUAAAGCUCAAAAUGUGUUGGUUUUAUCAUGUGUAUUUAUUUUUUUUCGCUUGUAAACAGCUUUUCUAACAGAAAUCUUGUUUGUUGCAUUGUGGGUUUAAUUUAUUAGAUAUUAUUAAGGGUAUUUUUUUUAUCUCUUAAAUUUUUUUGUGUGAACGAUAAUUUUCAACUAUGAAAUGAAUAAAGAAUUACCUUAGAAGCGCUAUGACCAAUGUGACACAUAAUACAAAAUUCAUUAACUUACAAUUAUUGUAUAAUAUAUUAAAAUAGAUUUAUCACAGGCAGUAAAUUCAAAAAUUUGAUUAAAUAUAUUUGUGAUCAAAUAGAGACAACUAGGUUUAAUUUUUUAAUUUAAUUUAAAUUCUUUAAUGUUUUAUAAAAUAAAAUUUUAGGUUGAAAGUAAGUAAAAGACAUAUAGUUAUUUAGAAUAUUUUUAAUUUUACUUUGAAUUCAAAUUAAACAUAAUUAAUAUUUAUAGGAUAAAUGUUUUUAAGACUAUUUUACAGUUUAUAGAACUGUCUUUAUUUAUACAUGAUGAAACCAAUUAUUUACAUACUAAAUAAUUCAAGAAAAUUGGUUUUUUUAUUAUUUUAUUAUAUUUACAUAUAAUGACAUUACAAUUAAAGUUUAUUCAGUGAACUUAUUUCUGGAAGUGGGGAGUACUAAAUAAUUUGAUUUGCCUUCAAAUCAUACAUGGCUCACUACGCCACUGAUUGUGAUUUAUGCUCUACUAUUAAAAUAUCUAACAAUCCCUCUUAUGCAAUCUUUAACAAAUAGAUUUUAGAUAAUCUAGCUAAUCAUAGCUGUGAAUGGUUUUCACAAUAACCAGCUAACCAAAAUAGACAAACUCUGUAUUGUUCUUGUUUGUUAAUGUGUAUCGUUGAUUACCCUAUGUUCUAUGUUAUAUAAUUUAUAUUUACUAAGCUUCCGCAUACAACAGUGGUCUAUGUAUGAUCAGCACAUUUUGUAUUUUAUAGCACCAACUAAAUGUAUGUUAAUAUAUUAUAAUUUAUAUUGAAUGUGUUAAUGUUAAAUGCUCUCCUCUAGGUAUGGUUUUUGUUAUAUUACUGAUUUGUACUCAAAUUAUAUUAAGUACAUAUUUUAUUGUAUUAUACAGACUGCUUAUGUCUUUUUAAUUCUAUUAUUUAUUAUUAUGAUUAUUAUAUUUUUCAGAUACAUUUGCAAGUCUGAAGAAAUAGGGGAAGAAAUAAAUACUCAUAUUAAAAAAGAAGUCGAUUGCAUUGAUGGUUAUAUUUAUGAAAGUACAAUUACUAUUGAAACCGACCAUGCAAAAUCAAUUUUAUACAAAGCAUCUCAAAUUGACAUUUUAAAAAAACCACACUCAUGUAAUGACUAUGAUAAAUCAAAUUCUACAUUAUCUGUUUUAAAAAGUGACGUGAAAGUUCAUAACAGUAAAAUAUCAAAUCAAUGUGAUGUGUGUAGAAAAACAUUUUCUCAUAAGAGCAAUUUAAAAAAACAUGCAAUAAUUCAUACUGGAGUAAAACCUUAUGAAUGUUACAUUUGUAACAAGAAAUUUAUUCAAAACUCCAAUUUAAUUAAACAUCAAAGAAUUCAUAGUGGGGAAAAAUUAUACCAAUGUGAUGCAUGUAAAAAAUCAUUUAUUCAUAAUAGCUCUUUUAAAAACCAUACAAAAUUGUAUACAGAAGAGAAGCUUGAAUGUCAUGUGUGUAGGAUGAAAUUUUCUUUUAAAUGCAUUUUAAAUAUUCAUAGUAAAACUCAUACGAACGCAAAUAAUUAUAAAUGUGACUUGUGUAACAAGAUAUUUUCUCAAAGACGAACUUUAAAAAAUCAUGAAAGAACCCAUACUGGGGAAAGACCAUAUCAAUGUGAGGUAUGUAAAAAAUCAUUUUCUCAUAAUUGCACUUUAAAAAAGCAUACUAGAAUUCAUACAGGAGAAAAGCCUUAUACAUGUAACGUAUGUAACAAGUCAUUUUCACAAUCCCACUCUUUAAGUAAUCAUAUAAAAACUCACAGUGGGGAAAAACCAUACAAAUGUGAUCAAUGUGGAAAGGCAUUUUCUCAGAAAAUCAAUUUCAGGAGACAUGAAAAAAUUCAUACGAGAAAAAAGUCUUAUGAAUGUAAUGUAUGUAACAAGGUAUUUUCUGAAAUAUACAGUUUGUAUGAUCAUAAUGGAACUCACAAUGGGGAUAGACCAUACCAAUGCGAUGUGUGUAAGAGAACAUUUUCUAGUAAAGGUCAUUUGAAGGAUCAUAUAAGAACUCAUACAGGAGAAAAGCCAUAUAAAUGCAACGUGUGUAACAAGAGAUUUUCUAAAAUGUGUAAUUUGCACUAUCAUAAUAGAAUUCACAGUGGGGAAAGACCAUACCAAUGUGAUGUGUGUAAAAAGACAUUUCAUAAUAAAGGUAAUUUGAAGGAGCAUAUAAGAACUCAUACAGGAGUAAAACCAUAUAAGUGUUAUAUAUGUAAGAAGUCAUUUUCUUGUAAAUCAACUUUAAACAAUCAUAAAUAUACUCACAGUAAUAAAUGAACACACUGAUGUGACGCGUGUUAGAAAAAAUUCAAGAUAUAAUAUGGGUAUUUACUAUUUAGAAUGGCAUGUGAACAAGUAUCUUAAUUAUGUUUCAAGUACUGUAUAAAUUUAUAACCAUUAACAAGAAAUGGUCUACUUUCAUGAUUCAUUAUUAAUAUUAUAUAUAUAUAAUCAAUAUAUGAACACAAUGUUAUUUAAAAAUUAAUUUUAUUUUUAUAUAAUACCCAUAUAUAUAUGACAUAACAUGUUAAUAUAAGUAAGAACACGAAUGGGAGCUGUUAUUCUGUAUUCAGUAGAUUCUAUUGUCGUGUUGGAUUAUCAGUCAGUCAUUUAACCUUAUUUUUUUUUAAUAGUUGUAAAUUAAUAUUGUAUUGUUUUAACUGUUAAAAUUGUUUUUUUAAUUUUUUAAUGUAGGUAGGUAGUUCUAAUCACUUUUCUAUUUGAAAAGUAAAGUAACUUCAUUACAUUUAUCUCUAAGUAAUGAGCGAAGUAUCUUAUAAUUACUUUUUAAAUUUACUCAACCCUGCAAAAAACUAUAUGCUGCCUAUUGUAAAAUGCCAUCUACCAAUAAUUGUUAGCUAUAUCGUUAUGUUAUGAAUUUUACCUAAUAAUUAAAAUGUGUUAAACUAGAAUACCAGCGUUAUUGCUGAUGAUUAUCAUUGUCAAGUAUUUUAGUGUUUUUAAAUAUUGUUAUAUGCCAUGUAUUUUUUUUAUGUCAUCCCAGAAAACUUCAAAUAAAUCAUUGUGUACUGUAUUAACCAUUAAUGGUUACCAUACCACCAUUAAUCUUUUAAUUGGUGGUCUAACACAUUUGUCGUUCUUCAGGUUUUGACAUAUCUCCCCAUAUACAUUUGACUGUUUGUGUUGGUGUGCCCGUUGUAGGAUGUAUAAAAAAAAACUCAGAAUGGUCGACUGUUUCAUAAUGAAAAACUAUGCCUUACUGUAUGCUUGCUGUUGAUCUGAAUAAUUGGUUAUCCCCAAUUCUAUUUUAUUCUGUAUUAUUAGCAUUAAAGUUGCUUUUUUCCACUUUAAAAAAAAAUCUUCAUUCUAGAAUUUCCGAAAAUAAUUUGUCUCAAGUUUUUGUUAUCUUGGUGGAUAUUUAGUAGAUAUCAUAAUGGCUAUAGUAUUGUAUGAUUGUUAUUUAAUGACCCAAGUCACAGGUACUUAAAUAAAAUGAAAUAAAAAUAUAUCAUUUUAUAAUAUAAGAAUAUGAAAUAAUGUAGGAAAUAUCAUGUAAUAAUUUUUAGUAUGUAGCAUACUACACGUAGUUAUUUGGUAGAUAUAAUUUUACAGUAGGUAGGUACUAGGUAGCAUAUUAGACAAAUACCAGAAAUGAAUCCAUGGUGCUUCUUACAAAAUCAAGAAAGGAUUAUACUUAGCAUUGUAAAAAUGUGGCGGUGGUUUAACUAAGAAACCUAAAAAAAACAUCAAAAAUCUAUUUUCCAUGUUACCCGAUAGAGUGCUGUAUGAUUGUGAAAUUAUAAAAUGCAUAGUAUUGUUGAAAAUACUUCAUUGCAUAGGUGUCUUCUAUAAACAGGUUGCCUUAUAAAUCCAAACAUCAAGUAACAGCUUACACCCACCAUUGGAAAUGCAAUUAUAGAAAAGAUCAGAAAUAUAAUAUAACAAAUUGCAGGUAUCUGUUUAAAAUUUGUAUCAUGUAUACAAUAAAACAUUAAAAGGAAAUUCACAAAUUUGUUUUGCGAUUUUUUUUUUACUGAUGGAAGUUAAUAAAGAUUCCAUGAUUUAUCUAUUGGGAUUUCAAACAAUUAUAUUCCUAAUAUUAAUGGAAAAUAUAAUUAUAUACUAUUUUUCACGAAAGAACGGUAGAGAGUCUCGACGAAAACCAGUCAUUCUUAUGCAUCACCACGCCGCACCUCGCCCAGGGCUCCCACCACUAUUGGGCCACAUCAGGGGUCCGGCAGCAAUUCAUAACUCAGCUACGUGCGCGAAACACUAUCUUUCUAUCGUGAAAAGUAGUAUGGGUUUUAUCAUUAAAAAAAAAAAAAGAUUAAUUAACAAGGGGUAUACCUACCUUUCCUAUACUUAUAUGAAUUGAGUAAUUUAGAGUGGACAAUUAAACAAUCAUUUACAAAUACUGGAAUAAUAUUUAAAUUCAAAGCGAUCAGUUGACUAGGUUUAAAUUUAAGUUCUGGAGGUACUUAUUUAGUACAUACUAUAUAACACAAAUAAGAAAUAAUUUAAAAUUUCUAACAAAAACAAAAUUCAUGAUUUUGAAAUAUUAAAAUAUGUAUACUUAAUGAUUAUUACAUAAUUUUAAAUAAUUGUUUUUUAAUUUACUGUAGUACUUUUCAUAGUACAUUUACUUAUUCAAACAUAUUUAUAAAGUUUAAUGACUGUCUUGAUCAUCCAGACUAAUUCAUACACCUGGAAUAUAAUAAAUGUAUUACUAUUAGUAAGUUUUAUGUUA